UUGCGUGGAUUUUUGGAGUCUAAUUGUCCAUUCAUUCAUCCCGGACUCCUGAUGCGCAGUCAGGAGGACCAGCCGUGCGUGUAGCGCCGCUUGUGAACGUCUCCUCCCCUGUUUCUGCAGUGUUACAGCUCUCGCUUCUCCGCUCAUCGCGCUUCUUAUGCCAAUGCUGCCCACGCCGCAAGAGUAAGGCGAGCCUUCUUCCUUUUUGCACAGCACCUCAACUUCUCUCCCUGUCUGCCACCAUCCCUCCGCUUGAUGUCCAUCUUGUCCUGAUCCAUGCUCCGUGCCGUUUUGCGUCCUCUCGAUUCUACACCAUCCAUUCACGCCUACUCUCAUGUGCGGUCCUUGGUUCUUUUCUUUCUUUCUUUCUUUCUUUCUUUCUUUCUUUCUUUCUUUCUUUCUUUCUUUUUUUUGGCGUUACCAGCUUAGACAGAAGAGCGAAGGAUUUUUUUUUUCCCCCGGCUUUCCAAAGAAAAUGUUUUUCGUCUUUAUUUUCGUAAACUGGCGAAUCUCAUGAAAUUUUCUCUGGUUGAAGCUGAGGGAACGAGGAUAGACCCAGCAAUUUAAUUUAUUAUUUUUACGCAUCAACAAUCGCCCCUAUAGUCUAAAGAGAAGAAAGCUGAUUUAUUUUUAUUUUUAUUUUACUUUAGAAAUUAAAUAAUAACAAUAAAAGCAAUAGCUUUGGUGGAAGAUGGUUCAAAAAGCAAAUCAGUGAGGGGAAGUGAUCGGACUGCCUUAAGUUUGCUGAGGUAGGGUUAACUGUCAGGAAAACAUCGAGGAAACGGAGUGGGAAGCGACGCGGCAUUUCCAAGACGCCAGCGCAACAAGCCAGCAGCAUCACACCAGCCCGCUGCGUGGAUGGCACACAGGCUGCCUCUCCGCGCUCAGGUGGUGCAGGGUGGCCACGGUGAGACCGGGAUCCAGUCGGGCUUCGGGGCUUUCUAGCAACAUGAGGGAGAAGUUCAUCUCCUGAGGCUACAACUUCUACACCGGGCUGACUCAACUGACAACUGCGUCCAGAGGAACCUUCCACAAACCCUCAAAUGUGACACAAUUUGAUCUCCAGCAUUAGAAGACUCCAAAUCUGAUCAUGACUUCAGACAAACGCACCAUGAGCUUACCACGACCCAUCGCCCCGUGGAUGUUUAUCACCUUCUUGCUGGUCCUUCAGCCAGGAGUCACUCAUUUCUCCCACGGCAGCUCCGGCCAUGAAGACGCCGGCGACACCCCGAAGAACUGCUCCAGCGAGGACAACUGCUCAGAGGGCGUGGUGCUGCCCAUGUGGAACCCCCAGAACCCUGCGGUUGGUGACAAGGUGGCUCGCGCCAUUGUUUACUUUGCGGCUCUCAUAUACAUGUUCCUGGGUAUGUCCAUCAUCGCGGAUCGUUUCAUGUCUUCCAUCGAGGUCAUCACCUCUCAGGAAAAGGAGAUCACCAUCAAAAAGCCGAACGGCGAAACGACAACGACCACCGUGCGCAUCUGGAAUGAAACGGUGUCCAACCUGACCUUGAUGGCUCUCGGCUCCUCGGCGCCAGAGAUCCUGCUGUCUGUCAUCGAAGUGGUCGGCCACAACUUUGAAGCUGGAUCUCUGGGGCCCAGCACCAUUGUGGGCAGCGCCGCGUUCAACAUGUUUAUUAUUAUCGCCAUUUGUGUCUACGUGGUGCCAGAGAACGAGACCCGCAAGAUAAAGCACCUGCGGGUGUUUUUUGUCACUGCCGCCUGGAGCGUGUUCGCCUACAUCUGGCUGUACCUGAUCCUGUCUGUCUUCUCUCCUGGGGAGGUCGAGGUCUGGGAGGCGGUCCUCACCUUCCUCUUCUUCCCUCUCUGCGUGCUGCAAGCCUGGAUCGCAGACCGACGCCUGCUCUUCUACAAGUACGUCAGCAAGCGCUACCGCACCGACAAGAACCGAGGCAUCAUCAUCGAGUCCGAAGGUGAUGCCAUGUUCACCAAAAUGGACCUGGAGAUGGACGGACAGGGCACGAACUCCCACCUUCACAACAAGGAGGCUCUGGAUGGGAUGCUGGAGGGGGUGGAGGAGGGUGGAGGGAUGAGUGCCGAGCAGGACCAAGAGGAAGAGGCCCGCCGGGAGAUGGCGCGCACCUUGAAGGACCUAAAACAGAGGCAUCCAGACAAAGACAUGGAGCAGCUGAUUGAGAUGGCCAACUACCAAGUGCUGGUGCAGCAGCAGAAGAGCCGGGCCUUCUAUCGCAUUCAGGCCACGCGCAUGAUGAUCGGAGCUGGGAACAUCCUGAAAAAGCACGCGGCUGACCAGGCCAGGAAAGUGGUGAGCUGUCAUGAGGCCAGCGGGCAGGAGGAAGAUCCCAACACCAUCUACCUGCAGUUCGACCCCUCUCACUACCAGUGCUUUGAGAACUGCGGGUCCUUGAAGCUGACGGUGAGCCGCCAUGGAGGAGAGGCCGGCUGCACAGUUAAGGUGGACUACCGGACGGAGGAUGCGACAGCCACUGCAGGCUCAGACUACGAGUUUGCCGAGGGCACGUUGGUCUUCAAGCCUGGCGAGACGACUAAAGACUUCACCGUCGGCGUCAUAGACGACGACAUCUUCGAGGAGGACGAGCACUUCUACGUGCGCCUCAGCAACCCCCGCAUCGUCCACCGGGCCGAGGUCUCCGUCCUGGAGCCCAACUCCAUCACGUCCAGCAACAGCACGGUCGGCAUCUCCUCCCACGUCCCUCCCAAGGCGGCCCUGGGGAACGCCCCCGUUGCCACCGUCACCAUCUACGACGAUGACCACGCCGGCAUCUUCACGUUCGAGAGCAACUCCACCAGGGUGAGCGAGAGCGUCGGCAACAUGCAGGUGAAGGUGCACAGGACGUCCGGUGCCAGGGGGAAGGUGGCCGUGCCUUACCACACCGUCGAGGGCACCGCCAAAGCAGGGGAGGACUACGACGAGGUUUCCGGCAAGCUGGAGUUCCAGAACGACGAAACCAUGAAGCUGCUGAAUGUGAAGAUAAUCGAUGACGAGGAAUAUGAGAAGAAUAAGACGUUCACCAUUGUGUUGGAGGAACCCGUGCUGCUGGAGGUGGGACAGAGGCAUGGGGACACCAAUGACAACAAAACGGCGGUGGGUCCAGAGGACGUGUCAAAGAUGGGCUGCCCCGUCCUGGGAGAGCACACCAAGCUGGAGGUGGUCAUUGAGGAAUCCUACGAGUUCAAGAGCACCGUGGACAAGCUGAUCAAGAAGACCAACCUGGCGCUGGUGGUGGGCAGCAGCAGCUGGAGGGAGCAGUUUGUCAGCGCCGUCACCGUCAGCGCAGGUGACGACGACGAAGAGGAGAGCGGGGAGGAGCGGCUGCCGUCCUGCUUUGACUACAUCAUGCACUUCCUGACGGUUUUCUGGAAAGUCCUCUUCGCCUUCGUCCCCCCGACCGAAUACUGGAACGGCUGGGCCUGCUUCUUCGUCUCCAUUUCCCUCAUCGGCGCCCUGACGGCCGUGACGGGCGACUUGGCCUCGCACUUCGGAUGCACCGUCGGCCUGAAGGACUCGGUCACCGCCGUGGUGUUUGUUGCCCUCGGCACCUCUGUUCCAGACACAUUCGCGAGUAAAGUGGCCGCCAUCCAAGACCAGUACGCCGACGCCUCCAUUGGGAACGUGACGGGCAGCAACGCGGUGAACGUUUUCCUGGGCAUCGGGGUGGCGUGGACCAUCGCCGCCGUUUUCUGGAACACCAAAGGUGAACCAUUCAAGGUGAACCCGGGCUCGCUGGCCUUCUCCGUCACCCUCUUCACCAUCAUGGCGCUGGUGUGCGUGCUCGUGCUGCUCUACCGCAGGCGCCCCAGCGUUUCGGGCGGCGAGCUCGGGGGCCCACGGACAGCCAAGCUCCUCACCUUGUUCCUCUUCCUCUCCCUCUGGUUCAUCUACAUCCUGUUGGCCUCCUUGGAGGCGUACUGCCACGUGCCUGGCUUCUAAACACAAGGCAAAAAAUAAGAAAGUACAGACAUGACUCCUCUUCUUGUUUUUACAGUUUUCUCACAAGAUUUCUAACUAUUUGUAUCAUCACUUAUUAUUGAUAUAGCACAAAAUCUAGAAAAUGAUGCACUUAAGGACUUUGGGACUUUGUUACCGCUGAUGACGCUGUGAAAGCUAGCUUUAGCCACUGAAGCUAAACUUUCUUUUCCUACGCUAAAAUACUUACUUCUUAUGACGUUUACAGAGCUGUGAAAAUGUACUUACCCCCCCCGACAGAUUUCUUCCGUUUUUCCUUUUUAUUUGGUCACAUUUACGUGUUUUAGAUCUUCAAAUAAUUUUUAAUAUCAAACCGUGAUAACAGGAGUAAAAUAAUUGGCACCAUAAAAAUUAUGACCUACUCUCCUUUGCAGAAUUUCUUACAAAAUCAAGAACAUUUGAGGGUUGAUGGGCAUUAAGAACCUAAUUUGGGUUAUGCUCCAGGCUCUCAAUCAGACUUAGCUCCAGCCUUUAACUAGGCCAUUCUGAGAUCUUAAUUUUUGGUAUUUUUUAACCAUUUGUAGGUGUUCUUCCUGCUCUGCUUCAGAUCAUUGUCCCGUAUAGCAUCAGGAUAACUCGUCCUGGUCCUAAAGCAGCAAACUCCCACAAAGACUUCCAUCCAUUUAAAGUUUUCUUUUUUCUGUCUUAUCAGUGCAUAGAAUAUUCUCCCAAAUGCCUUUUUUUUUCUUUUUUUUUUUGGUAAAUUGGUAUUUUGCACUCCAUUUUGACGACAGUCUUUCUUAAAACCUCGUUGCACCUGUUGCGUGUGAGCCUUUUGGUUCAAAGGCAUCUGAAAACAUGAUGCUGCAACUAAAAAGACGCUUCCACAUCAUCUUUUUACACAUUCAGCUCAAAGUAUAAACAAUUUGAUCGCCAUAUUAACCCCCCUGCAAUGGAUUUUUGAAUUUGUAGAAGAACUCCACCAUGUGAAUGGCACAGCUCUCCCACGCCGUGCAUACAGCACAUGUUCGCUCCCCGCUGCAGAAACAAUGCAAACGUGACUCAGAUGUCACAGCAGUCGCUCCGCAUUAAUCUCACUUAGCCUCACACUAGGCCGUACAGACGGUUUGUACACCUGUGCUACCUGGAGUAGGGAAACCAAAAGUGAAACGUGAGCCAUCGCCUACUGAUUUUUUUGGCUUUUGAUUCAUUCCCUGAUGGUCGGUCUGUUCUUAUAUUGAAAAAAUAAAUAAAACAAGAUGGGGACGUCACAGAAAAGUAACACCGACAGUCAUUACCCAAUUAAUCUGUAGCAUGCAUGGACAUUUCGCAUCAAAAGCGUCAUGCAAACUUAAACCUGAUCGUUUAAACGGAUGCCCUUCUUCUCCUCACGUUUGAACCCACUUACCAGGUAUUUUCAAAACGUAACAAGACAGGAAACAAACAGCGUUAGUGGUAAAUCAUAACCACUGGCCUUUACUGAGGCAAUGGAAAGUCCCUUAAAUGUGCUUGAGGAUCUGAAACAAAUGUAAAAAAACAAAAAAAAACAAAGAAGAAAUCUGUGAGGUGCGCAACACUUUUUCACUGUAUAUAAUCAGCUUUGGUUCCACCAAGCCGCUCUUUGGCUUGACAUCUGCAGCAUUACUUGGUCUUUUUGUGUAACCUACCGAUUCAGUUCGCUCAAUCCUGACUCGGACAUUCGAGAUUCCUCGGUGGAGGAU